UCACAGGAAGCGACAUCCUGGACCUCUGCCACAGCUCCCUGUGAUCUCCGUUAGAAAGAUCAUCGCAGAUUUUACUCAGGGACUGAACGAUGCCGCGAUGGAGAAGAAGGAGAAUUAGGUGAAAUCGCGAAGAGCAAUUUCUCGAGCAAUUCACGAAUGCAUCAAAUGUGGAGCCUGCUUCUGUCACAUGAGGAAGCUGGUAGAACACCUGAAGAACCUCCAUGGUAUCGACAGAGCCUUCAGCUGUGACGAGUGCGGCAAAACUUUCAGAAGUCCCAUGAACAUAGCUCGUCACAAAUUAAUUCACACUGGUUUCAAAAGAUUCGCUUGCGACUUAUGCAACUAUAGAUCAAACCAAAAGUCAAACCUCGAGAGCCAUCGUCGAAGACACACCAAAGACUAUUCCUUUAAAUGCGAACAAUGUGAAAAAGGCUUCUUCCUGAGAACAGAAUACUUAGAACAUAUAAAUGUUCAUACUAGGAAGCAAUUGUACAAAUGUGAUCACUGUAGCAAGUCAUACCCUUACAAGAAGAACCUGACAAAUCACUUAAGAACGCAUCAUGCGAGUGUCUCGCAGUUAGAAUUAAGAAAUGACGUGACAAAGAAGCACGUGUGCACAAUUUGCCUGGAGGGUUUCACGCGAAAAUUGUUCUUGGAAAGGCACUUGAAGCAACGACACGGUUUGUACGAGAAAAUGAAGCAUUUAUGCGAUCUAUGCGGGGCAGUGUUGUCUUCCAAGAGGAGAUUGAUGGUGCAUAGGCGGGGCCACGUUAACGAGAAGAUCGUAAAAUGCGGUUUAUGCGACAAACAGUUCUCUAGCAAAGAAAACCUCGCUGUUCAUCGGCGAGUGCACACUGGAGAGAAACCAUACGGUUGCUCGCAGUGUGGAAGAAGGUUUACACAGAGGACUUCUUUGAUAUUACAUCUUAGGUACCAUUCCGGGGAAAGACCGUAUCAAUGCGCGGAUUGUGGGAAGGGAUUCGUUUCUGCGAGUUUCCUGAAGAAACAUCGAAAGAUUCAUGAGAAAACUACGCAGCUCGAAACUUAA